CAGUAAACCUUUAGUCAGAGCACUCAGACAACCUCUCUCUUGUCCUGUUCCAUGAUCCUGCAACGGAGGCAGAAGGGAAGACACCUCCCCCGCAAUGCCCAGUUUCCUCCUUUAUAAACAUUGGAUAUGACUGGGAACACCCCUCCCCAAAAGACAUUAUGCUAUCAGCAGACCCUGCUCUAUGGGCGGUACACAGAGCAACUCCCCAACCUUUCCCAGAAGGAAGCGGAUGAACUCCUGAGUGAGAAGAAGUCCCACGGCAAUGGCCAGGGCCCCCUGAAGCGGAGCAGUCAGGCCGAAAUCAAAGAGGAGCACUACUCCAAGUGCCAUGCUUGUGCUAAGAACAUCAAGAAAUAUGUUACCAAGAAGCUGGGAGAAGACUGGAUAUUCUUGAUCCUCUUGGGUCUUGUAAUGGCACUGGUGAGCUGGGGAGUAGAUUAUGCCAGCGCCAAGAGCCUGCAAGCUUACAAGUGGAUGUACAAAGAGCUGCACCCAAGUGUCCCUAUGCAGUACCUGGCCUGGGUCACCUACCCCCUCAUCCUUAUCCUUUUCGCUGCCCUCUUCUGCCAACUUGUCUCUCCGCAGGCCGUGGGCUCUGGGAUCCCUGAACUGAAAACUAUUAUGCGGGGAGUCGUCCUCAAGGAAUACCUGACACCUAAAGCUUUUCUGGCCAAAGUUGUAAGCCUGACAGCUGGCCUGGGAAGUGGGAUACCGGUUGGGAAAGAGGGCCCUUUUGUGCACAUUGCCAGCAUCUGUGCUGCCAUCCUCAGCAAGUUCAUGUCCAUCUUCUGCGGUGUAUAUGAGCAGCCAUAUUAUUACACAGACGUCCUGACUGUGGGAUGUGCAGUGGGGGUUGGCUGCUGUUUCGGGACACCACUUGGAGGCGUUCUCUUCAGCAUUGAAGUCACUUCCACCUACUUUGCCGUUCGGAACUACUGGCGUGGAUUCUUUGCAGCCACGUUCAGUGCCUUCGUUUUCCGGGUCUUUGCUGUCUGGAACAAAGAUGCAGUCACCAUCACAGCCCUGUUCAGAACAAACUUUCGUAUGGAUUUUCCCUUUGACCUGCAGGAGCUGCCGGCUUUUGCUGUAAUAGGGAUCUGCUCUGGUUUCCUUGGGGCCUUUUUCGUUUACUUCAACCGGCAGGUGGUUUUGUGUGUCCGCCGACAUACAGCUCUAAGUCAGUUCCUAACCAAAUAUCGCCUUGUAUAUCCAGCGGUGAUAACGUUCCUGAUAGCAUCUUUGACAUUCCCCCCAGGCUUUGGACAGUUUAUGGCUGGUGAGCUGAUGCCCAGGGAAGCGAUCAGCAGUCUCUUUGAUAACUUCACUUGGGUAAAGCACACAGAGGACCCCCAGAUCCUUGGGAGGUCUGCAGUCUGGAUCCAUCCCCAUGUCAGUGUGUUUGUCAUCAUCCUUCUCUUCUUCCUCAUGAAGUUCUGGAUGUCUGUCAUCGCCACGACCAUGCCGAUACCCUGUGGAGGCUUCAUGCCUGUGUUUGUGCUGGGGGCUGCCUUUGGACGCCUGGUGGGUGAAAUCAUGGCCUGGCUUUUCCCUGAUGGGAUUCUCUUUGAUGGCAUAGUUUACAAAAUCUUGCCUGGAGGUUAUGCAGUGAUUGGAGCCGCAGCGCUGACGGGUGCCGUGAGUCACACGGUGUCCACAGCAGUGAUUUGCUUCGAGCUGACAGGUCAGAUCUCCCACAUCCUGCCCAUGAUGGUGGCCGUCAUCCUCGCCAACAUGGUGGCCCAGAGUUUGCAGCCGAGCCUCUACGACAGCAUCAUUCAAGUGAAGAAGUUGCCUUAUCUGCCAGACUUGGGCUGGAAUCAAAUAAGCAAAUACAACAUCUUUGUUGAGGAUAUUAUGGUGUGUGACGUAAAAUUCAUCUCCUCCACUUGCAAAUACCGGGAUCUGCAGGAGGUUCUCCAGAACUCUACUGUGAAGACCUUCCCUUUGGUGGAUUCACCGGAGUCCAUGAUCCUCAUGGGCUCAGUUGAGCGACCGGAGCUUCAGGCCCUCCUGCUCAGGCACCUCAGCUCUGAGAGACGCCUGCGCCUUGCCAAGGAGAUGCAGCAAAAGUUGUCCGCGUCGCCGUACGACGGGCACAGGUGGAAGCACGAAUCAUUUGCUUUUGUGGAUGAAGAUGAGGAGGAAGAGGAAAAGACGGAGCUUCCACAGCAGCCCGCUUUCACCUCCAGUCAUCCAGAAGAACCAAAUGGCCCAGUGACUCCUCGCAAGCCAUUGCCAGAGACACCCGCACCGCACGAAGCUCCAAGCCGGAGAUUCUGGCGCUUGAGGAGACUGAUCCAGCAGCUCCUGUGCCUUUAUCAGCCUCAGCCAGAGACAGUGGAGCAGGAGUCCGCAGAGGUUGAAGACCCAAUGAAGCCAGAGGAGAUAGAAGCUUGGGAGCAGGAGGAGCUAGAGAAAGAGGUGUGCUUCGACAGCUGUCGCAUAGACCCUUCCCCCUUUCAGCUGGUGGAGAGGACAUCCCUGCACAAGACACAUACCUUAUUCUCAUUGCUGGGACUCAGCCAUGCCUAUGUGACCAGUAUGGGGAAGCUAAGAGGCGUGAUUGCACUGGAAGAGCUCCAGAAAGCGAUUGAGGGCACCACAAGCUCUGGCGUCCACCUCCGUCCUCCCCUUGCGAGCUUCCGUGACACCACCCGGACCUCAAGCAGCAAGGAGCAGGCCAAAUGGGCCGCACAGAUGUGGAGCACACAGAACAGCAACGCAGCACCUGGGGGAACCACAGUGGACUCGGGGACAGAGAGCUCAGUGGCCCCUAGCUCUUUCCCACAACCAUCUCCCACCCCUCAUGAAGGGGCGGGGAUUCGCUCCACCUCCGUUGCUGAUAUGGAACUGGAGGAAAUGGAGCUUUCUGGCCCAGCUGCUGAAAACAUCUCCGACAUCCUCAAGGACCUCAACCUGCACUCCACAGACCUGGAUGAGGACGAGGACGAUGAGGAUGACGACGUGCCGCUAUAACUGUC